AUGAUGAAAUCUGCGCUCAUCAAAGAUUUGUACUUUGAAAUGGACCGUCUCAAGCAAGAACUAUAUGCUGCAAGGGAGAAAAAUGGUGUUUAUAUUCCGAGGGAACAAUACUUAGCAGAUGAAGCUGAAAAGAAGGCUAUGUCAGAGAAACUGGAUCGUUUGGAGCUUAUUUUGGAUUCAAAAGAUAAGAAAAGAAUGAAGGAAACAGAGUGCACCCUAGCGGAUCUUGAAGCGAAAUACAUGAAGGCAAAUAAUACUAUUAAGGAGAAGCAAUAUUUGAUAGAAAAUCUUCUUAAAUCAGAAAAAGUUCUUGUUGGUGAAGCACAAAGAUUCCGAUCAGAGCUGGAGAAUACAGCAGGGGAUCUAUAUGGGCUAUUUUCAAAAUUAGAAAGGAAGGAAAAGAUUGAAGAUACAAAUAGAUGUACAAUUCAACAUUUCCAUUCCCAGCUGACUCAAGACAUUAGUGUCUUGCAUAGAACAGUCUCAACCUUGGUUUCUCAACAGGAGAGCCAACUAAAAUCACUUGAAGAAGAGAUGCAAUCUUUUGUCACCUCAAAGGGCAAGGUUGCUGGAGGACUUCAAGAGCAUGUAAGAAAGCUCAAAGAGAGCUUCAAUUCUAGGAUAGCAGAAUUGCAUGGUUUUGCAAAUGAGCUCAAGCAUAAAUCUGUGUUGAGCUUUGAAAACCUUAAUUCGCAAGUUAUCACACACACAUCUGGCCUUGAGGAUGGGCUCUUUAGAAAUUUGGAGAGAACAAAGUCUGUUUCGACAACUACAAUGAACUUCUUCAAAACUAUAGAUUCCCAUGCAUUGGAGCUCAUAAAGAUUCUGGAAGAAUCACAGAUGGAACAUCAAAAGCAACUCUUCCAGCUUCAGAAGAAGUUUGAGGCCUUUGUUGCUGAUGAAGAGAAGUACUUGAUGGAGAAGGUCUCAGAGUUAUUUGCAGAAUCGAAUGCUAGAAAGAAAAAUAUGGUUCAAGGUGAUAUAUGCAGCCUCAAUAGGACUGCUUCUGAGCGUUCAAACAAUUUACAAACUGAAACUACCAAGCUUCAUGAUUUUACAUCUUCUAUGAAAGAGCAAUGGGAAGCCUACAUGAAGAGAACUGAAGAGGCAUUCCAACAAAAUGUAUCAUCUAUUGAACAGAAACGAUGCUUCUUGGCAGGGAAUUUGCAGCAGUGCAAGGGAAGGGUAGAAUCAUGUUCAGAACAAUGGGUUACUGCACAAAAUUUGGUGUUGGCGCUUGGAAGAAACAAUGCAGAAGCCAUUGGUUCAGUCAUAAGUGCUGGGAAUGAGGUGAGCAACCAACUGGAUGCAAGGUUUUCAUCUGCUGUCACUGCUGGAUUUGAAGAUAGUGACAUUUCAAGCAAAUCCCUUCUUAGUUCUAUUGACGGUGAUGAAGCAACUUGUUCAACACCGAGAAGGCGUGAGAUCAACAUUCCGGACAGCCAAUCGAUCAGGGAGUUGGUAACCCCCCUUGAAGAUCUCGUGAAAGCAUUGUGGGACAGCAGAACACCGACGAAGCUUGCUGUAAAUGGAAACGGGAAGCGGCAGUUGGCAGGGUCGACGACACCCAAAACACAGAGAGCCCCUCUUGCCGCGAUAAGCUAG